AUGAAAUAUUCAACUGGUUACGACUCUCUCCCGUAUUCUGUCGUUGUUGCUGAUUUGAACAGAGACAAUAAGUUAGAUCUGGUUAUCUCGAACUCGGGUACUAGCAAUGUAGCUGUGUUUCUGGGACAUGGCAAUGGAUCGUUCUCACACGAAAAGAUAUAUUCAACUGGAGCUCGUUCGCGACCAUUCGCAGUUGUCAUUGAUGAUUUGAACGACGACAAUCUACUGGAUAUUGUCGUCGCCAAUUAUGGAACUUCCACUGUAGGUGUUCUUCUUGGCUAUGGUGAUGGAACAUUUGCAAGGAUAAAAAUAUCUUUCGUUGACUCUGAAUUUUGUCCUUUUUCCAUCGUUAUUAGGGAUUUUAAUAAAGACAAUAUACUUGAUGUGGCCGCAGCCAAUCCUGAUAACGAUCAUAUUGUUGUACUUCGUGGAUUAGGCAAUGGGACGUUUUCAAGUGACGAGAUAUAUUCGACUGGCUUUGGCUCGAAUCCGGUUUCUAUCGUGGCUGGUGAUUUCAACCAUGACAAUCAAUUAGAUUUUGCCACGGUCAAUAAUGGCACUAACAAUGUGGCAGUAUUUCUUAGAUAUGCCAUUAAAAUGUUUGCAAAUCAAACAACGUAUUCAACUGGUUAUAAUUCUCAACCUCGCUGGGUCGCUCUGGGUGACUUUAACAAUGAUAGUCUGCUGGAUAUUGCUGUUGCUAAUACCAAAUCGUUUAGUGUGAGUAUAUUUCUUGGUUAUGGCAAUGGGACUUUUACGGCACAAAAUACUUUUUCAGAUGGAAGUAGUUCACGUCCAUACUUCAUCGCUGUAGGUGAUUUUAACAAUGACAGUGCGCUCGAUCUCGCUGUUGCCAAUUCCGGUACUAAUAAUGUAGCCAUCCUUUUUGGAUAUGGUAAUGGAUCUUUUGGAAGGCGUGCGAUAUAUUCGACUGGUCCUCGUUCUUCUCCUCACUCCAUCGCUCUGAAUGACUUUAACAGCGACAGUUUGCUCGAUAUCGCUGUCGCCAAUUAUGGUACUGACAAUAUAGGCAUACUUCUCGGAUACAGCAAUGGGACUUUUACAGCACAAACAACAUUUUCUACUGGGAAUGGUUCUUUACCUGUUUCGAUAGCUCUUGGUGACUUUAACAACGACAGUCUACUCGAUAUCACUGUCGCUAAUCUCGGUACUAAUAAUGUAGGCAUACUUCUUGGAGAUGGUAAUGGAACGUUUAGAAAUCAGAUGUCAUUUGCAACUGGGGGAAACUCUGGUCCAUCGUCGGUCAGCGUAAGUGACUUAAACAACGACAGUAUGCUCGAUAUUGCUGUCACCAACCUUGUGGAUGACAAUGUAGGCAUACUCUUUGGAUGCGCCAACGGAAGCUUUGAGAAUGUGAUGACAUAUUCCGUCGGGUAUGGUUCUAACCCAAUAUCACUAACGUUUGGAGAUUUCAAUAAUGAUAAUGUAAUUGAUAUUGUCGUGACGAAUUAUGGCAGUAAUAACAUAGGUCUUCUUUUUGGAUAUGGCGACGGAACUUUUGGAAUGUUAAUGACCUAUUCAACAGGUGUUGGUUCUUCUCCAACGUCGAUUGUGGCUGGUAACUUUAACUGCGAUAUUUGGCUAGAUAUUGUCGUCUCUAAUGUUCUUGGAGAUAAUGUUGGUGUGCUUCUAGGGCAUGAUAACAUGUAUGCAGCUACGAAAUCAAGCUAUUCAACUGGUACUGGUUCCCGUCCAUACUCUGUUUUAGUUAGUGAUUUCAACAAUGAUACUGUACUUGAUCUCGUGAUUGUCAAUUCAGCACAUGAUAAUGUUGGUAUUCGUUUAGGAUAUGGGGACGGAACUUUCGCCAACGAAACCACAUAUCCUACAGAGGUCGGUUCACGUACUCAAUAUGCUACUUUAGGAGAUUUCAAUAAUGACAAUCAAGUCGAUAUCGCCAUCGCCAAUAAUAUGAAGGACAGUGUAACUGUGAUUUUUGGAUGUGGUAAUGGAACUUUCACAAAUCCAGAAAUAUAUCCUACUGGACAAGGUUCCCAUCCAUACCUUGCUGCCGUUGGUGACUUUAAUAACGAUAGUCGACAGGAUCUUACCAUCUUGAAUCAGGGCACUGGCACUGUUGGAGUUUUUCUCUCUUUCGACUAUGCAACAUUUAGAAAUCAAAACGUAUCUGCAACUGGUGUACUUUCCUAUCCGCAAUCGGUCGCCGUCGGGGAUUUCAACAAUGACAGCUUCUUGAAUGUUGUCGUCGCCAAUUAUGGCAGUAGUAAUAUCGGCAUAUUUCUCGGUAUGGGUAAUGGAAUGUUUACAGCACAAAGGACACUUUCAACUGGAAGUCGUUCUGCUCCUUACACGGUAGCUGUCAGUGACUUUAAUAAAGACAGUCUGCUCGAUAUUGUUGUUGGUAAUACCGGUACGAACAAUGUGGGCAUAUUUCUUGGAUAUGGCAAUGGAACUUUUACAGCACAAACGAUAUUUUCAAUUGGAGGUGGUUCUAAUCCUCGUUCGAUCGCUGUAACUGACUUUAAUAAAGACAGUCUACUCGAUAUCGCUGUCGUUAAUUCCGCUACUAGUAAUGUAGCCAUACUUCUCGGCUAUGGGAAUGGAACUUUCCGAUAUCAUAUAUCAUUGGGAACUGGGACAAAAUCUAGUCCUCAUUCAAUCACUGUAGGUGACUUUAACAAUGACCAUCUGGUUGAUAUUGCUGUUGCCAAUACCAAGACUGACAACAUAGGUAUAUUUCUUGGAUAUGACAACGGAACUUUUGCAGUACAAAUGACAUUUUCUACUGGCGCUGAUUCUUUUCCUCAAUCAGUUACUGUAGGUGAUUUUAACAACGACAGUCUACUCGAUAUCGCUGUGGUCAACUAUCUUAGUAGCAAUAUAGGCAUAUUUAUUGGAUAUGGCAAUGGCACUUUUACACCCCAAACGACAUAUUCAACAGAAAAUGGUUCCCUUCCGAUGAUGCUUACGGCCAGUGAUCUGAACAAUGACAAUAGACUGGAUAUUGCUGUUGUUAAUUAUGGCGCUAAUAAUGUGGGGAUCUUCUUUGGAUAUGGUGACGGAAGUUUUACUGAUCCAAUAUUAUUUUCAACUGGAAGUGGUUCUCAAUCAGAUGCAAUUGCAAUUGGGGAUUUCAACAACGACAAUCGAUCGGAUAUUGUGGUGACCAAUUAUUUGGAUGGUAGUGUUAUGGUACUUCUUCGAGAUAGUAGUCAACCUUUUCUAACCAUGACAACAUAUUCAACUGGCAAUGAUUCUCGUUCACAAUCUAUGGCUAUUGCGGAUUUCAACAAUGAUUACCACCUAGAUAUUAUUGUUGCCAACUAUGGCAACGAUAAUAUUGGUAUACUAUUUGGGUAUGGUAAUGGAGCUUUUAUGCCACAAACGACAUACACAACUGGAAAUGAUUCCCAACCAUGCUCAGUCGCCGUUGGUGAUUUCAAUAAUGACGGCCUAUCAGACAUCGUCGUUGUCAAUGCUGGUAGAAAUAAUGUCGGUAUAAUUCUCGGGUGCGGAAAUGGAACGUUCUCUUCUCUAACGGCAUAUUCAAUUGACAAUUCUUCCGCCCCAUCCUCGAUAGCUGUGGCUGACUUCAACAAUGAUAAUUGUCUUGACGUCACCGUCGUCAGUUCUAGUUCUCAAAAUAUACAUGUAUUAUUUGGAGAUUGUAAUGGAACUUUUGAAAAUCCGAGGUCAUAUUUACUGGGUUAUCAUUCUUCUCCAUAUUCGUUGGCUAUCGGUGUUUUCAAUAAAGACAGUUGGAUCGAUAUAGCGGUGGCAAAUUACGGUGCUGAUACUGUAGACAUUGUUUUGCAACAAUGUGACAAUACCUAA